AUGUUGACCCAGAAACCGUACCAGGAGAGUUCCAACUGCAUGAUCAGUUCGGCAAACUACUCCAACAUGAGCUCAUCCAUGAGCCAGUCACUCUCUUACAGCAUGUCGGGCAUCAACAUACCCAACUACAUGUCAAACGCCUCUUCAGCCAGUCAGGUCUUUGUGCCAAAUAUGAUCUCAAACGCAAGUAAUGUGCCUUUGGGCGGCACCUCCUGCAUCAACAGCGCCUCCAGUCUGACCAAUGCAAACAAUGCUAACCUUUCGUCGACCCCCAGUUCAGUGGCCAGUGACAGCCAAGCAAAUGGCGGCGCUGCACCCAACUCUGAGGGUCCCUGCCUCUCGCCGGCGAUGGCCAACAGCAACACGCCUCUUUCCCCGAUGCCCACCGGCAGUGCCACCGCCAGCACCGGUCUCAGUGGCAUGAACUCGCCCACAAUGGGGCACUCCUCGGGCCUGAACGGCGGCCUUCUGCCCAGUCGCAGUGAGUACGCCUCUCCUGGAGGGGCAGACACCAGCACCAGUGCCCUGCUGCAACGGGCUCGAGCCGACAAGACCUACCGGCGGAACUACACGCACGCCAAGCCGCCGUACUCCUACAUCUCACUGAUCACUAUGGCCAUUCAGCACUGUCCCAGCAAAAUGCUCACCCUCAGUGAAAUCUACCAGUUCAUCAUGGACCUCUUUCCUUACUACCGACAGAACCAACAGCGAUGGCAAAACUCUAUUCGCCACUCGCUCAGUUUCAACGACUGCUUCCUUAAAGUACCACGAACGCCCGACAAGCCCGGCAAGGGCAGCUUCUGGACGCUGCACCCUGACUCGGGUAACAUGUUCGAAAAUGGUUGCUACCUUCGACGACAAAAGCGAUUCAAAGUGGACCGCAUGGAGCGAAAUAGUGGAGUUCAGAAGAGCGUCCAGAAGAGCGGCAGCACCACCUCGGUGAGCAGCAAUGGCUCCAUCAGCUCGAGCAAGUCUUCAAUGGACAAUGGUCAAACCAACCUGAACAAUGCCAACAACGGCAACAGCCACCUGAACCCUGGUUCAAUGAACGGCCUUUCAAUGAACAGCUCUCCCUAUGGGUCUCAUCAGAUUGACCAGCGCCACCUGAACGGUCUCAGCUCACUAGAGGAGUGCAAGCUGGAGCAGAGCAGUCACCACCACCACCACCACCAGCACCCGCAGCACCACCCUCAGCAGCACAGCCACCACCACCAGGCACACAUCGACCACAUGAACAACCUCUACAACACGUCCCGCGGCGGACUGACCGACCCGAGCGUCCUUCACCAGAGCAUGUUCUUCUCCAAUCAGCUGAAGGAGCCCCACUACCUGAACUCGCGCGAGCACCCCUUCAGCAUUCAGAGUAUCAUCGCGGGCGAGGCGGCCAAGGGCGCCGACAUGAAGCUGUACCAGGACAUGCAGUGCAACCCCUACAGUCCUCUCUCGCCCAUGACCUCUGUGCACGCUUCCGGCAUGGCCAACGACUCCUCUGCCUACUACCAUCCGCCGCCGCCGCUCUACCACUCCUCUUAG